CUCAUUUCACAUAUAAUGAUUAUUGGGUCGUCACUGACAUUGGGCCAACUAAGUGUGAUGCUAUCAAUAAUUCAAGUUGAUCGACGUUUCAAGUUCAGUGGACGGGAAUGGCAUUCCAUUGCGCCCGGAUCUGGCAUUUGUGCCAAUCAACGCUGAAGACCUCAUGGACUAUACGGUCAUGGAAUUCUUCCUCGAAGCCAAGGCCAAGGAUUUUGCAGACCCCUUCUACGGCACAGAAGGCAACACCUUGAACAAUACUAUCGAGAAAAGGGAGGGCCAAAGCUCGGAGACUUGCGGACAGAUGAUAUCCUAUGCGGCUGCAUUAUUGUCCCGCCAGCACAGAACAUUUGCAUUCUCUAUCGUCCUGUGCGGCCAGUAUGCUCGUUUCUUACGAUGGGAUCAUGCUGGAUGUACUGUCAGCGAUAAGUUUGAUUACGUCGAAGAGCCGGAUAUCUUGCUGGAAUUUUUCUGGUGCUAUGCGCGACUGACUCGUGAAGAACGUGGCUUUGACCCGACUGUGGUGCCUGCUUCUGCUGCUGAAGCCACACUGCUCUCUGAUACUCUGUCGCGAUAUAUCAAGGAGUCCCAGCCGCAACGUCGGCUAUCUGCAACCCGAUCUUGAUUCGACCUAUCUGAUCUCCAAGAUGCAGGUCCCAACGCCAAAUGGCAUUCGGGAGUUGAUCGUUGACAAACCCUUCUGGGAUGCCGACUCUCCUUGUGGUCGAACGACAAGGGCCUAUGCUGCGUACGACAUGGUGGAAAAGAAGGUCGUGUUUGCGAAGGAUUCUUGGCGUGAUGAUGACGAAGAGAUCCUUUCAGAGGUGAGAUCUACGACACACUUCAGAAGAGCAAUGUACCCUUCCUGCCCAGAGUCAUUGCGGCUGGUGACGUAUAUGUGAAGGCAAAGAAAAGGAAGGCGUAUCAAAGGACAUUCACGCAGACGUGGUCUGUCCGUAGCGAUAAAGCUGUAAUAUGGC